CCACUGGCUUGUUACUUCUAUAACGGUAAAAGCGUGACAGAUAUAGUAGAAGCAAAACGGACUGGAGGAAGGGAAACCUACACUAUUCAAUUUCUUGAAGCCAUGAUCGGUAGUGCUUGUUAGUAUUCUCUGAAUUGUUAGUUUGGAAGCGUUGCAAUUCCGUUGUUACAUUUCUUCGUGAAGUUUUCUUAAGAAAUACAUACUCGCGGUUGCAUGCAACCUGCGAGGUUGAUAUUUGACAUCUUUAAACAGAUUCGAUCAGUUAUGUAUUGUGAUCAUUGAUUAUCAAAUAUGACGAGACAUCUAAAUUUGGAAUUUCCCACGUUUCUAUCACGUCAUCAUAAAAACACAUGACACAUGUUACUGGAAGAUACAUACAUGUUGAUGGAAAAACCAGUUUUAUAAUUUAAGAUUAUACAGUAAUUUCGUUCGAUGAUACGCGCUAAGCUUAUAUCAUAAAUUCUGUAUUGCUAUAAUGUUAUUUUAAACGUCUAGUGAAUAAUAAUUCUUCACCGGAUAAAUGUUAAUCAGUAGAACGAAUAAAAAUGAGUUUCCUUUGGUUCUUUUUUUUCCUGUGCUACAUAUCUGCAAAUAUACAAGCUGAACCGUAUUAUAGUAUAAUUGCGCCAAAAGUGGUUCGACCUGAUUCAGAAUACCAUGUAGCAGUAAGCACAACUGGUAUCUCAACAACAUCAGUAAUAUAUAUCGAAUUAAAUGGCCAGCUGGAUAAUGGACAUACAUACAAUGUAUCCCAAAUUAUAGAAGUACAACCUUAUUCUACAAGAAUUUUAAAGCUUGAGAUUGGAGAUAUUGUACCUGGAAAAUAUAAAAUACUUGCACGUGGUCUAUCAGGAAUUGAUUUUUCAAAUGAAAAACCAAUCACAUACAUUCAUAAGAGUUACACAGUUCUUAUUCAGACUGAUAGAGCAAUUUACAAACCAGGGAAUAAAGUUAUGUUUAGAUGCAUUUUAUUGAAUUCAAGACUUAGACCUACUCUUGCUAGAUUAAUAGAUAUUUACAUUACGGAUGGAAAAGGAAACAGAAUUAAACAAUGGGUUCGCCCUCCUGUAACGCAUGGAAUAUUUAAUGGAGAAAUUGAAUUAUCAGAAUCACCUGUGUUAGGUACUUGGAAAAUUACUGCUAAUAUUGGUGAUCAAAUAUUCGACAAAGAGUUCGAAGUUGCUGAGUAUGUUCUUCCUAAUUUUGAAGUUAACAUAGUUGCUCCCAAACAUUUUACAUUUAAAGACUCAAAAAUUACUGCAACAGUAUAUGCAAAGUAUACUUAUGGCAAGCCAGUGAAGGGUGAGGCAACGAUUACCGUUUAUCCUGAUAUCUUUUCGGGCGUUAUUCAACCAAUUUAUCAACAGCCUGUGCGGAAAGUGAUACCUAUUGAUGGAAAAGCAGUAAUUAGUUUUGAUAUUGAAUCUGAACUUAAACUAUCUGGUGAUUAUGAAAGACCAGUUAUAAUUGACGUUGCAGUGGAAGAAUCUUUAACUGGUAGACGACAAAAUACUUCUAUGCAAGUAACGCUACACAGGCAUAAAUACACAAUGGAUUUAAUAAAAACAUCAGAGUAUUAUAAACCUGGUUUAAAGUAUACAGCCUUUAUAAAACUGGCAUACCAUGAUGGAUCACCAGUUCAAGAUAACAAAAAUCCUGUUACAAUAAUGUAUGGAUACACUUAUAAUCAGUCUGCAUAUACUAUUAUUAGUAAAAUCCUAGACAAAAAUGGUAUGGUGCAACUGGAUUUUUAUCCAUCAAAAAAUAAUGAUAAUAUGUCAUUUCCAUUAAAUAUUGAGGCACAAUACCUGAGUCUCCAUGAAUGGUUUCCAUCGACAAAUCAAGCUAUGUCCAAAAACAAUGAAUAUAUACAAGCCAUUCUGAAAACUGAAAAUCCUACUGUUAAUCAAGAGAUUGAAAUUGAAGUGAACUCUACGAUUCCGUUAAAAUACAUUAAUUAUGAAAUAUUCGGACGUGGCGAUAUAUUAGACGCUGGUUCUAUAUAUGUACAAAACAAAUACACAACAACUUUUAAAUUUCUGGCAACAUAUGUUAUGGCUCCUACUGUGCAUGUAAUUGUAUACUAUGUAGGAAGUGAUGGAGAAGUAAUUGCUGAUGCUUUGGAUAUAGAAUUAGAAGGAGUGCUUCAAAACUUUGUGGAUAUUAAAGUGGCACCCGAAGAAGUUGGACCAGGAGAAAAUGUUAAUUUAAUCAUUACUUCAAAACCAAAUUCAUUUGUUGGAUUAUUAGGUGUGGAUCAAAGAUCUAUUUUACUUAAAUCUGGCAAUGAUAUUUCACAUGAACAAGUAUAUAAAGAGUUAAAAUCAUAUGACAUGAUAGAAGAUUCGCCAUAUGUGGAUUCAGUUUUCGAUCGAUACCUUUGGAGUCGUGGAUCAGCUUCAGCAAGUGAUGUUUUCAGCGAAAGUGGUGCUAUUAUUAUGACAAAUGGAUAUAUUCACGAAAAUUUCCCAAUUCGACAACCGGGAAUAUUGGAAGGUAGAAUAACAGGCUCGCCUCAUGGUGCAUCUACACUCCGGCCAGACAUUGGUCCACCUGUUACGCACAAACUAGCAACAAGACCACCAUUGGCAGGUCCUUAUGCCUUCUCUCGCAUCCCAACUCCUGUCUGGAAUAAGCCCCGUGUAUUCCUAAUGCAUGACAUCUUAAACACCUGGCUUUUUACAAACUUCUCUUCAGGGUAUGAUGGAAAGAAUGAACUGAAAAGAAGUGUACCUGAUUCUAUUACAUCAUGGGUAUUGACAGCAUUUUCUGUGAAUGAUGUUCAUGGAUUGGGACUAAUAAAAGAACCAAGGAAGCUAAAAGUUUUCAGACCAUUUUUCAUUGUUAUGGAUCUUCCUUAUUCUGUGAUUCGAGGAGAAAUUGUUGCGAUACAAAUUGUAGUUUUCAAUUACAUGAAUAAGGCUGUAGAAGCAGAAGUAUUAUUGACGCAUGAAGGUCAAUUUGAUUUUGCGGAAAUUUCUAAUGAUGUGCACGAUGUACCAAAAUUGGAAUUGUACCGUAAAAAGAAAGUCGAGGUAAAGGCUAAUUCUGGUUCCAGUGUUUCAUUUAUGAUCAUUCCAAGAGAUUUGGGUUACAUUACAAUUAAAGCAACUGCAAAUAGCAUAUUAGCUGGUGACAGUGUUGAACAUAAACUACUUGUAAAAGCAGAAGGAGAAACACAAUUCAUUAACAAAGCUGCUUUCUUAGACCUUAGAAGUUCAUCUAGUGCAAUGACCAAUUUCACAAUAGAUAUACCUAAAAACGCUGUACAAGGUUCUGAACAUAUUGAAAUAUCUGCAGUAGGUGAUAUUUUGGGCCCUAGCAUUCUAAAUCUAGCAAACUUAAUUAGAAUGCCUUCUGGUUGUGGAGAACAGAAUAUGUUAAAUUUUGUUCCAAAUAUAAUGAUAUUAAAUUAUCUAAAAAAUACAAAUCAGUUAACACAAGCAGUACAAGGUAAAGCUUUAAGAUAUAUGGAAAUAGGUUACCAAAGAGAGUUGACUUACAGACAUGAUGAUGGAUCAUUUAGUGCAUUUGGCUCGUCUGAUACUAGUGGAAGUACAUGGCUCACUGCUUUUGUAGCCAAAGCGUUCAAGCAAGCUAUGGAACAUAUUUUAAUUGAAGGUAGGAUAAUAGAUGAAGCUUUGCAAUGGUUAUCAAAUAAUCAAGCUCCAAAUGGAAGCUUUCCGGAAGUAGGAAAAGUUAGUCAUCGUGAUAUGCAAGGUGGAGCUGCAAAAGGUCUUGCACUCACAGCAUUCACUCUUAUUGCUUUUCUGGAAAAUGAUGAUUCUAAUGGAAAACAUAGAAACACAAUAAACAAAGGAAUUGAUUACAUUGUCCGUAAUGUGAAUGAUCUAAAUGAUAUCUAUGCUUUGAGUAUUUGCACAUAUGUUUUAAAUUUGGCAAAGCAUCCAUAUGAGAAUGCUGCAUUUAAUUUACUAGAAUCCAAAGCUAUGAUGAAAGGAGACCUUAAAUGGUGGAAUAAACCUGUACCUAAAGACGAUAAAAAUCCAUGGUAUUCUCUACCACGGUCUGUUGACGUAGAAAUGACAUCCUAUGCUUUAUUAACUUAUCUCAGACGUAAUCUAGUCUCUGAUUCGAUACCUCUAAUGAAAUGGCUUGUAAAACAAAGAAACGCUGAAGGUGGUUUUUCAUCCACACAGGACACUGUGAUUGGAAUACAAGCAUUGGCAAAAUUAGGUGAGAAACUAGCAUCAAAGAAUAAUGCUAUUUCAAUAACAUUUAUGUACGAGGGAGGUGGACAAAGUCAAAUGAAUAUAAAUUCUGAUAAUUCUAUGAUACUCCAAAAGCAUAUACUUCCUAGGAAAACGCGACUCGUUAACGUCACAGGUACUGGAAGUGGAUUUGCCUUAGUUCAAAUUUCAUUCCAAUAUAAUUUAAAUGUAACUGGAGCUUGGCCACUUUUUACUUUGGAUCCCCAGGUCGACAAAAAUUCCAAUGCCAAUCAUUUACAGCUUUCAAUUUGUUCUGGGUUUGUACCAACGAAAGAAGCGAACCAAAGUAAUAUGGUUGUGAUGGAAGUUAGUCUACCAUCUGGUUUCACUGCUGAUAGAGAUUCGCUGCCAAGUCUUGAAGUUUCGCAAAAUGUAAAACGCGUAGAAACUAAAGACGGAGAUACAGUAGUAAUAUUAUAUUUUGACGAGAUGGACAGGCAAGAAUAUUGUCCCACAGUAUCUGCAUUUAGAACACACAAAGUAGCUAAACAAAAACCUGUACCAGUUACUAUAUAUGAUUAUUAUGAUUCCUCAAGAAAAGCAAGAGCAUUUUAUGAACCAAGGAAAGCAACACUUUGUGACUUAUGCAAAGAAGAAGACUGUGAAGAUUUAUGUGUAUCACAACUUGGUAAACAAGAGGAUUCAUCUCAGUCUGCUACAUCACACCUAUCUGCCUGUGUAUACUUACAGUCAUUACUUAUGCUGUUCUCCGUUGUAUAUUUUAAAUAUUUGUAGCUAUCAUGUAGCAGAAACAGUUUAUAGUUCUGUUAAAAAGUACAAUGAUAAGGCUUUGAGUAUACAUGCAACCAAAGUACAUCACAUAUGAAAGUUAAUGUACUCCAAUUGUAAAGUAAUAACAUGGUUAUAUGUGAGCUUUAAACUACUACUUUGAACUGGAUAUUUAAAAUUUCGUAUUGAAUACUACUUACAUGUAGGUGAAAAUACCUUACAUAACAAAUUAAAUGAACAAAUUUUUGUUAUUGAUACUUUAUGUUAUAGUAAAUACAUUGCAUUGUUACUGAGUAAGUCAUUAUUUGUUUAGUUAUAAUUAAUAUUAUAAAAAAACUAAUAGACAUGAAAGAUUAGCCUCAAACAAAUAAAAGACUAGUUUCAUAUACCAUUACCCAUUAAUUCGGAAAAAGUAAGUACAUCUUUACCGUGAAACUUACAUAACCUUAUCGAGUCAACGAAAUCGUCACUCUUAACAGUGUGCAUAUACUCAUGAGUACUAUAUUUAUUAACAUUACUUCUAUUGACACCUAUGGAAUAACAUCUACCAACUACGUAAAGUAUAAAAAUACAUUAAAUACUAUAAAGUGAAGGCAAGUGCAUAAACGGCGUAAUAGAAUUGUAAGAUACAGUAUAACCUUGAAAUCUAAAUAAUGAUUUUUAAUUAUAUACGUAACUGA